AUGGCUGAGAAGGACAUCGAGAAGCCCUCUCACAUCGAGAGCCCCAUCACCGAGAUCGGCACCUUUCGAGUCGUGGGCUUGAGUCCCGAAGAUGCAGACUUCUACACCAACUACCCGGAGGAGAAGAGGAAGAAGGUCUUCCGCAAGGUCGACGUCCGCCUCGUCCCCAUGCUCGCCCUCCUCUACCUAGCCGCCCACAUCGACCGCGCCAACAUCGGCAACGCCAAAAUCGAAGGCAUGGUCACCGACCUCCACAUGUCCGGCGUGCAGUACAACACCGUCCUCUCCAUCUUCUUCAUCCCCUACGUCCUCCUCGAAGUCCCCUCCAACGUCCUCCUCAAGAAAUUCAAGCGCCCCUCAACCUACCUCGGCAUCCUCGUCGUCGGCUGGGGCGUGAUCAUGACCUGCACCGGACUCGUCAAGAACUACGGCAGCCUCAUGGCCGUGCGCGUCCUCCUCGGCAUCUUCGAAGCCGGCUUCUUCCCCGGCGCCAUCUACCUCUGCUCGUACUGGUACAUGCCGAAAGACCUCGCGCUGCGGAUCUCCUACUUCUACUGCGCGAGUGCGCUGAGCGGUGCAUUUUCCGGCCUCCUUGCAGCUGCCAUUGCAGAGAUGGACGGCGUCGGCGGGUAUGAGGGGUGGAGGUGGAUUUUCAUCCUGGAGGGGUUAGCGACGGUCGUGCUAGGCGUCGCCUGUUUCUUCUUCCUCAUUGACACACCCGCCCUCUCGAGCCGGUGGCUUGAGCCCGACGAGAUCCAGUACCUCGAGCUCUCCAUGUUCAUCAAACAGGGCGGACGCGCCGACGACGACCGCAAGUUCAAGUGGCGGGAUCUGACGAUGGUGCUGACGAACUGGAGGGUAUACAUGCAGGCGUGGUUUCUGUUUGCGCAGUCGGCGCUUUCUUACGGGAUCAAAUUCACCCUCCCCACAAUCACCGAAUCCAUGGGCUUCUCGCGCACAAACGCCCAGCUCACCAGCGCCCCGCCGUACGUCGCCGCCGCCAUCUCGGCAGUCUGCUUCGCCCGCCUCUCCGAUCACUUCUACUGGCGCAUGCCCUUCGUCGUGAUCCCCAUGGUGAUCAUCAUCGUCGCUUAUUCCGUGAUAAUCAGCCUGCACGGCGAACUCGCCGCCAACAAAGGCGUCGCCUAUUUCUCCGUCGUGCUGGCCGUGAUUGGAAUCUACCCGAUCCAAGCGGCUGCGGCGUCCUGGAACGCGAAUAACAUUGCCCCUGCGUCUCGAAGGGCAAUCGGGAUCGCGCUGAUGAAUUGCGUGGGGAAUGUUGGUGGGAUUCUGGGCAGUUUUAUGUACCUUGAGCGCGAGAAGCCGAAGUAUUAUACGGGCUUUGGGAUUAGUUUGGCGCUGGGGGUUACGGGGGUGCUUAUGGCGGGGCUGCUGGAGUGGAGUUAUAUCAUUGCGAAUCGGAGGAAGAGGAGGGAGGAGGGGGAGGCGAGGGCUAGGUAUACUGAGGAGGAGCUGUUUGAUUUGGGGGAUCGGAGUCCGCUGUUUAAGCAUGUUUUGUAG